GACACUCCCUGACUUACACAGCGCUCCCUCUCUCACUGAGCCCAUACACACACAUGCUCCCUAUAAGUAGCAUGCACUCAGUCACUUGAAUCAGCAUGAACUCCUUCACAUGCAUCCAUCUCGUCCCAUUUCACCCUCUUCGCCCCUGCCGACUCGCAUAAACCACAGAAAAAUUGCACUGCCUGCAUGGGAGGGGCUACUAACCUACCUCCUGGUUUCCACUUCUUCCCCUCAGAUGAAGAUCUUGUUGUCCAUUUCCUUCGUCGCAAGGUCGCCAACCUCCCAUGCCGCCCUGACAUCAUCCCAACAGUACUUCUGCACCGCUACGAUCCAUGGGAAUUGAAUGGCAAAGCUCUUCAAGCUGGAAACCAGUGGUACUUCUUCAGCCAUGCAGCACAAAGUAGGACCUCGCCGAAUGGAUACUGGAACCCCAUUGGUGCUGAUGAAACAGUAACAAGUAGUGGCUGUGUUGUUGGCCUGAAGAAGACACUCAUCUUCUGCACCGGAGAGCCUUUCAAGGGUUUCAAAACUAACUGGAUCAUGCAUGAGUUCCACCUUCUUGAUGGAGGAUACAAUGUCAGCGGUAGCAGCGCCUCAAGUAGCUCCAGCUCCAACAGGAAAUCCCAAAGGAAGAGAGUUCACUCAAGCACGGAGCCCAACAGCUGGGUGAUAUGCCGAGUGUUCGAAUCAAGCUGCGGUUCACAAGUGAGCUUCCAUGAUGAGGGCACAGAGCUUUCGUGCUUAGAUGAGGUGUUUUUGUCGCUAGAUGACUAUGAUGAAGUGAGUUUACCGAAUAAUUAGAGCUGACGGUAGGUCCUAUGUCUAUCAAACCAUUUAAUUAACUGUGAUGGUGAUAUCUACGUAAGUGGUUGCAAGUUGCAGUAUGUAUGAUCGGUCAGAUGACCUGAUAGGCAUUGAACCUAAUCCAGUCUAUCCUAAAUCAUUACCAUGUAAUUACUUACCAUGGAAUGAGUAAAAAACCUGAGCUUG